ACGUUUGAGGUGUGUUCCACUGAAGCUCUCAGGCGGCCCGGCGCGGGGCCGCGGCGAGACUUUCAUGCUGAUCUGAUGCCCGGCAAGUUACCCUGCCGAUUCUCGCCGCACACACCUAAAUGGACUUAGAAGGGCUGCGUGAUUUCGGCCGUGGCCGAGAGCGCGAAAUGAGAGACGUCAGUCUUAUGUGAUAGACAAAACGAAUCUGAGUUUAUUAUAACAUAGAGAAAUAUAAUACAACGGAGUGCGCGCGGCGGCGCGCGCAUUUCGCGGUUCAAUAUUCGGACACUUUAAAAGUCUAUGCAAUGGCCAUAUACAAAGACGAUCGAAGUAUGUGAAUAUUUGAUAAUAAAUAAGAGCACCACACGUUAUAUACCUUCAGAUUUUCAGAAAUGGAACUUUAAAAUGACCAAAAAAUGUUUUUGCCACGUCACAUUUGGUAUUUAUGCAGAAGCUCAUUCAUUACAAUGCCAUGCAUGAAAGUCACUUGCAAAAUGAUUUAUUUUUAUUUUUAUUGAGUUAACAUUAUAAGCAGCUUCUCCAGGCCCCAUUUAAUUAACUCAUUAUGUUAUAAUGCAGUUUCAUUGCAUAUAUAUUAUUCGAUUUAGAGCGCAAUUCCGCAGAGUGAAAGUUCCAAAACUUUCAAAAAUUCGCGCUGCUUUUUUCCCAAAAGAGAAAACCGAACGAUUGAGAAACGUCCGAAAAUGGACGUCCACGUCCCUCGAGGGCCAUUCUCGGCCCAAAAUGCAACGUGACAGGUCGCACCGUGCCCGCAGCCACCCCCCGAGACGUGACACCCCCGGCGACAGGGUCAAAGAGUUGGACAAAGAAGGGCUGCAAAAGCGCCUCUUCGAGCUGGUCGAACGCACCGGCUACGUGAUGGUGCAAGAAAACGGACAGCGUCGCUACGGCGGCCCGUGUCCCGGCUGGGGCAACGACCCGCCGCCCCCGGCCUCUGCAGAGCUCUUCGUGUCCCGCAUCCCGUCCAACUGUUUCGAGGACGUGCUCGUGCCGCUUUUCGAGGCCUUCGGACGGCUGUACGAGGUGAGGAUGAUGCUCGACUUCGACGGCACCCACCGUGGAUUCGCCUACGUCAAGUUCUGCAGGACCCAGGACGCGAUAGCGGCCAUGCAUGCCCUGGACAAACACGCGUUGGCUGGCAGCGGACGCACCGGAAUCCGAGUGUCCGAGUCUCGCAACAACUGCGAGGUGGAGGUGUCCAACCUGCCGUGGACGGGUGUCCGCGAGCGUCUGGAGCCCCUGGUGCAGGAGCACACUGAAGGGGUGCGUGCCGUGCGCUGGACCUGCGCCACCCGCGCCCUGCUCGAGUACGAAAGCCACAGGGCUGCGGCCGUGGCUCGCAGGAAGCUGCUCGCCAUUCUGCCUGACCAGUGUGGCCGCGAAGUCCGCGUCCAGCUGGUCCGUCACGACCGUCCCAACCUUCCUCGGCACCAGCAGCAGCCCAUGAUGGGCCAAGCCACAUUCAGGCCUCAACAAAAGCCCCAACACCCUCUGACUGAGAGUGCUGAAGAGUACUGGGCCCGUCGUAAAGCCCUGCAAGCUCAGGCUGCCCCCAGGAGCUCCUGGCCACUGGUGCCUGUUGCCUCGCCGUCCUUCGGCACCCAACCCUUCUUCUGGCCUCCCCAAAAUAAUAUGUAAAUUUGAUGAAGUUUGCAUAACAAAUAUUUUCAGUAACUCUACUUUGAAAUACUCGAAGGAAAUUUUGUAAUGGUUGACAAAUGGAAUCCAAAAAUCCUUCUUUUUAAUUUUACCCUUACUAAUAUUUUUAAAACUAUUGACUUGUCACUGCAUUCAUGACAAACCUUUGUAAAGAAGUGUACUCAUUUGAAAUAAACAGAGAUUUUA